CAGUCAUGCAAGGUGGGAUCGGCAGCGAGUCACCGUCAGCCAACGCAGCAUAAACUUCGAGGAUGUGCCAGUAAUGAGUGCCUCGAGCGAUGGUGGAGGGGGACAGAUGAUCCCAAGUGAUCCCAAGUGAAAGCCCGCAUGGUUUUGUAGUAUAGAAAAAGAGUCGAGUUGCUCUUCAACCACCGCAUGUGGAUCCUCCACAUCCCACUUUUUACUACUUCAUUUCUUCUCUCAUUUUACUUCUCCCUCUUCCUUUCGCUGCUCUCCAUUGCGCUUCCUUUUGUACCACUCUCACCUUUUAGCCAAUGUAUCAAUAAAUCGUCCAUCUCGCAAUCGAGAAAAAGAAACCAUCAGUCUUCC